AAAGUAUGUAAGGGGCCUCCAUGCAGGGGGACCUUCCAAGAGUUUGCCCUAAAGCGAGCAUUUGAGUCGAGGCGAUAAAUCAGAUGCAAAACGUGCAUACAGUGAACGGUGGAAAACUAUUCCGCCUUCCUAUUCAAUCAGGGGAAGCAAUCACGUGGACCUCAUUUGCAUGUCGAUCGACCAUUUAGGAAAUUGGUAUGGAGAGACUUCACGAAGAUCAUUCCUUAGACGAGCGUUGGAUUACUCAAUAAGGUCGUAUUGGAGAGUGAAGAAUGGUGGAGACGCCCCGUUUAGGGUGUGAGCUGAUUUGUCUAUGGCCUGGACCCCUUUUAAUACUAAAAUAGUCCCCCCAAAACCAACCAUUUCUUCCCCUUCUCCACUCGAUCCUGUCAUUCACCGCAAUCCAACAUUUUUCUUGCUCACGGCCAACUAUCUACUAUCUGAUUGUUAUCAAUGAAUGAUCCGGGGAAUCUCUCAUCUUCCAAGCGGACCCGGGCGCCCAUCGCGUGCCUGCGCUGCAAACGACGGAAAACCAAAUGCAAUGGGACGCGUCCAGUAUGCACGCCAUGUCAAAAGGCGAGAGCUUCUUGCACCUGGGCAGGACUAAGCCGCAUGGGGGGUGAUAUGAGUGAAGAGUACGCCAGCCUGCUGGAAUAUACCCGAGGUUUGGAGAGCAAAGUCGCGGAGUUGGAAGGUCGUGCCCAGCACAACAUCGCCCCAGCGUCGGAGCACCAAGUGACAUCGGUAACAGCCGAACUAUCAACCAAUGUGGCCCUUCUAAGCAUGAAUGCCACGGCCGAACCUUUCUUUGUCGGCGCGACCGCAGGCUUUUCUCUAUCGAAAAUGGUGGAAGGGAUACUAUCUCAAUCACCAAUUCCACCGCCAGCGCUUGAAUCAACCGCGUCCUCAAAUACACAGGCUGACAAUGAUAUUUGUGUGUCCAUGAACAACCUCAGUAGACCCGAUCCCCAGGUCGAGCGGAAGUUGGUGGACAUUUUCUUUAGCCGCGUUCAUCCCCGGUACCCAUUUCUGGACAAGCUCGGUUUUGACGAGUUUUACCGUUCUUAUCAAGGGUCUAGAGAUACGAGGAGUGUCGGCCCAUCCAAGCUGUUCCAGCUUCAUAUGGUGCUGGCAAUCAGUGCCCGCAUUAUGCAGCUUCAUCCAGAAAUGGGCGGGAACAUCAACCCGGAAUUUUACUAUUCGAACGCUACUCGGUACGCUGACGAGGCGCUCCAAGUUCCGGGGCUCGAGAGAGUUCAAUCUUUACUUCUACUAGCAUUGUACAUUCUUCGUACUCCAGGUAGUAUUUCUAACUUAGGCGGCUGGCAUAUCAUUGGAUUCGCGGUUCGGUAUGCCGUGGAAUUGGGAAUGCACCGUAACAUCAAAUGUGGCGGCCCACGAGCACAGGACCCAUAUCGCAUUCAGAUCCGGCGACGAGUCUUUUGGAGCGCUUAUGUGCUUGACCGUGCUGUAUCCUUGACUCUAGGGCGUCCGUUCGCCCUGUCGGAAAAUGAUAUUGAUGUUGAUUUACCUUGUGCGCUGGAACAAAGCCCUGUCAACGGCAUGAAAAUUCAAUACAACCAGUCCUCUGCGAUACUUACCGAAACAAAACCUUUGAAUCUAUCCUCCUUCGUUCACUUAUGUCGGCUUAGGCGGCUGGAGAGCAGGAUCAAGCAGGAACUUUACAGUGCUAGUACCCCAGAGACCAUGCAGGAUUACUCUUAUGAUGAGACAAUCGACUCUUAUCGACAGGAACUCCUCGAGUGGCUGAAUAACACACCCUUUAAAUUUACAUCAGAUGGCCAGCUACAGGAAGGUUACUCUCUGUAUGACACCCCGGAAUUCUUCCGCAUACAACACAGCAAGGCUUUGCGCAUGCUCCUGCAACACCGAAUAACCCAUGUUUCCUCCGAGACAAACUCGCCCAAGGAUAAAGAGUAUCUAGCAUUAAGUGCUAGAGCAGCGGGAGAUAUUUGCCAGUACUACAGAACUUUACACCAAAGAAGGCCCUUAGGGUGGAACUUCCUCGCUCUGCAUUCUAUCUUCACAGCUGGUCUGACAUUGCUCUACUGUAUCUGGGCAGAGAGGGAGCAUGCAGACCUAGCUCGAUUCGAAGACAUUCGCUCGUGUUCUAACGUUCUCUUUGCGAUAUCCGAACGAUGGCCGACAGCCACCAAGUUCCGUGACAUAUUUGAGGUCCUUGCUAAACGGAUGAUAGAUCUAGUAUCUUUGUCAUCUAUCCCUCACGGUGGCUUGGACGAUACAUCCUUUCUGCCGGAGGCCGGUAUUUCACCUGCUGGGGCUCUACAAGAAUCGGCAGGGUUUCCGGCAAUGAAUCAGGACACCUUCUGGGCCAUGCUUGAUGAGCUGGUGGAUGAUGACUAUAUCCGCAGUCAAUUCCCAUUGAACAGCGUGGAGAGCUCAUGGGGCCUUUUCGAUAGUUGACACAUCACGCGUCAGCUUUAUAAUCCGCGAAGCUUUUCAACAUGUAUAAAAGCAUACGUACGGCACUGUAUUAUAGAACGGCAAAGUAUGUAUAUGAAGUCCUUGUACGAAAGUCGCAGCUUACAAUUGAACUCAUUUGUACUGGAUAUUAAAUUUCCCAUUUUAUCAUCGUAGACGUUUCUUUGGAAUGCCUUAACUGACAGGUCCCUCUAUG